AUGCGUCUCUCUGAAAUAAUUAAGCAAUGGCCCCAUUUGGCAGACUUUCCGGUAGAAUACUUUGAUGGAGAAGUUCUACUGCUAAUUGGGUGCGAUGUACCGGAGGCGCAUUGGGUACUCGACCAAAGGCUCAGCGGUCGAAAGAAUCCUUAUUCAGUCUGGACGCUAUUGAGUUGGGUGAUUUUCGGGCCUUCGUGUUUCACUUCGUAUGAAAUGAAAUCGGUUAACUGCUUGGCUGCAGAAGACUCAAAUCUAAUAAACCAGAUAAUGCAAAUGCACGAUGCAGAAUUCACAGACGCCCAGUUAUUAAAUCAAGGCAUUUCCGUAGACUAUACGGAGGCCAUGGCUACUGUAGAUUCCGGUACAAUGUUUGUUGAUGGACACUUCGUGGUCCCUCUGCCAUGGAGAAAUAGUGUCAAUACGGACAUGGGAAACUAUGAGUCAGCGCUCUCGAGGUUGAACAGCCUGAAGCAUCGCUUAAUUAAUGAUAAGGCGCUACGGUUCCGCUACGCACAAACGAUGAAGAUGACUAAAGAAAAGAGAUAUGCCGUGCCAGUCUCAGGAGAACACUGCGACAUUCAUCCGUGUUGGUACCUGCCCCAUCAUGCAGUAUUAACCCAAAAAAAGCCGGAAAAGGUGCGUGUAGUUUUGGAUUGUGCGGCAAAGCACAAGGGGCUAUCGUUGAAUGACAUGUUCUAUCAAGGUCCAGACACCACCGCGAAUUUAGUGGGUAUACUUCUGCGAUUCCGUACGGCACGUAUAGCUGUUACAGCUGACAUAGAAAAGAUGUUUAUGCAAGUGAAGGUGCCAAACAAGAUAGAGGUGCUUUGA